AAAACUCGGCGGCGUUGCAGGCUCUGCUCGGAGCCCUCUGACGCAGUAAGAAGGAGGGCGGCACUCUUUAAGGCAGAGCCGCAGCAGCAGCCGCUUCCCCAGCGCUGCCCGCGGGACCGAGGUGCCCACCGCGCUGCGGGUGAGCGGGUGAUGCGCCUUCCUGGCCCGCUAAUGCUGUAUAAGGCUCCGGGGGAAAGCUGAAGGUUGGCCGUGACUCUGAGCUCUCGAGGUCCUGCAGGAACCGUUCCUUUGUGACCACUUGAAGAAGCGUGAACUGAAAGUGAUAUUUAGAUGCUGAAGUGCCUUCGACAGUUGAAAUACAGAGUGCCAGAGUAGGGCUGUGGUUGGUGCGCUUAAAAACGAUAGAAGUUCUGCAACGUCUGAUGGUUGAACGAUUGUGUUAUUCACCAACUGGUGGACAGUCCUCCUGUGAUUGUACGUACAAUACUAUUGAUGGGCCAAAGAGGUGGGCAUCAAGAAAGCAAGAAACUAGAGAUAUCACCAAGUGAAACCAUGAAGGCAGAAGAUUAUAAAGAGGACAGGGGGCCGAAGAGCGAAGACUGGAGGCCACCAUCGGUCUUCGGUGUUGCAGACUUAAAAAACAGAGCUGUUGGACUGUACAACAUUGGACAGACCUGCUGUCUGAACUCUCUGCUCCAAGUGUUCUUCAUGAACAUACACUUCACAAAGAUACUGCGAAGAAUCUCAGUGCCAGUGUAUGGUACACAAAAGAGGAACAAUGUCCCAUACCAAAUGCUUUUGCUGCUGGAGAAGAUGCAGUGUGGAAAGCAGAAAGCAGUUUCUCCCAGAGAGCUUGCUAUCUGUCUUCUAGGACACAGAGUGGAAAUGUUUGUACAGUGUGAUGCUGCCCAACUCUUUUUGACUCUUUGGAACUUGUUAAAGAAGCAGAUAAGAAACCCAGAGCUGGUUGGAAAGCUGAGUGAUUUGUACACCAUCAGCGUGCAGGAGCACCUGGCCUGUCAGAUAUGCUCUUCUGAAACAACAAGGAACAGCAGCAUGUUAACCCUUCCAGUCCCAUUACUUGAUUCUGAAUCUUACAUGCUGAAGACUCUGGAGGAGUGCCUGCAGUGCUUUUUCCACCCAGAAGAGUUGACUGGUCACAACAUGUGUUUCUGUGAACACUGUGGAAAGAAAACACCUUUCCAGCAGAGUGUGAAGCUAGUCCACCUGCCACAGACUCUGACCAUACACCUAAAGCGCUUCUGCUUUGGAAGAUCAGCCUACAUCCACAAAAUUAACAACCGUCUGCCAUUCCCGCAAGACCUUGAUUUCAGUGCAGUCUUGACAGAACAGCAGUACCAAGCAUAUGACAAUGAAAAGGCUGCCUGGCAGUAUGAGCUUUUUGCUGUUGUCGCUCAUUCAGGAUCAACUAGCUGUGGACAUUACUGUGCCUACAUUCGAAGUCUCACUGAGUGCAAAUGGUAUAGCUUCAACGAUUCUAUUGUUGAACAGGUGUCAUGGGACGAUGUUAGAAGUACCUAUGGGCAUUCAGACCUCAACUGGGGACAAACAGCAUAUCUCUUGUUUUACAUGAAAAAACAUCCCCAAUAGCCUUAUCUGGCUGUAUCAGAAUGUUUUCAGAAGCUGUGCCUUGCCCACGGAGCUCAGCAUCUGCAAGCCAGAGUGGAUGUGUGCAAAUGCUC